CACGAAUUUGAUAGGUGAUUUGCGAGGUAUGACAGUCUGCGAGCAUGACGAUGUGGAUAUUCAGCUGCCGUCGUGUGUCUCAGACCAUCGCACCAUAUCGCAUAGCUGGACACUUAGGGUUCUUUGCUAUGCGGUGUUCACGCCACCCCGCCACCCCCCGUCAACAAAUGGAGACGUCGAGAAGAACUACUGCGCGCUGUUGGAGUAGCAGCGUGCUUACGUUGCCAGCUAGAAUGUGAAGUGAGCUUCAGACGGAGCAAGUGCUCAUACAUUGCUUCUUCGCCAAUUCCAGCCCGUUGGCAAACCGGACGUCUCCAGCCAGGUGUUCUGACCACUAUGGCCGAUCUACAGGUUGUCGUUUCUUCAUGAGCUUGUUUUCCGUUCCUGGGACUGGCUGGUCAGAAUACGAAUACCGGAAAAAAAGCUUUUUCUUUGGUCUGCGACAUUAGCAUUCUGUCGGUCCCACUAGCCACCAGGGUUUUUCACUGCACCAUCGCUUCAAGGACCGUCUCUGUACGGAUCAAUACCCGCGGGUAUGUCGAGAAGUCACGGUACAUUGAGAAGUAUGGCUGUGGUGGCUACGUGAGGGCCUCCCCGCGAAUUGCCCUUCUUUUCCGUCGGUAGGCGUUGACAAAGAUCGUCGUAUCCUGCUAUUUCCUGUGAGUACCGCUUCUUGCCGAGAUUUCGAUUACUAACAUUUUUUUUU